ACAAGGAAACACAAGAACAAAACCUAACAAGGUCCAAUCAUAUAUCCUUCACACAAAGCGUAGAACAAGUUCUACUUGAAAUGGCCGGACAAAGCAAUGAGCUGAAGCUUCUAGGCACGUUCUCGAGCCCGUUUGCGCUGCGAGUGAAGCUUGCGCUAAGCUUCAAAGGCUUGAGCUACGAGUACAUCGAGGAGAAGGAUCUCCACAACAGCAAGAGCGAGCUCCUCCUCAAGUCCAACCCUGUGCACAAGAAGGUGCCCGUACUCUUCCACAACGGCAAGCCUGUAUGUGAGUCCAUGAUCAUCAUUCAGUACCUCGAGGAGGCGUUUGCUGACGCCGGGCCCUCCCUCCUCCCUUCUGAUCCCCACGAACGCGCUGUUGCUCGGUUCUGGGCCGCCUACAUUGAUGAGAAGCUCUUCAGCUCGUGGAUGAUGGUGUUCAGGGGCAAGACGGAUGAGGAGAAGGCGGAGGGCACGAAGCAGUCGUUCGCCGUGGCGGCAACGCUGGAGGGAGCCCUGAGCGAGUGUUCCAAGGGGAAGCCCUUCUUCGGAGGCGAAACCAUCGGGUACCUCGACGUCGCGCUUGGAGGGUUUGUCGCCUGGAUUCACGCCAUCGAGAAGCUAUAUGGACUGAAGCUGUUCUUCGACGCUGGGAAGACCCCGCUCUUGGCGGCGUGGCUGGAGCGCUUCUGCGAGCUGGAUGCUGCCAAGGCGGUCUUGCCGGACGUUGAGAAGCUUGUCGAGCUCGCUAAGAUGAGGCAAGCCCAAGCUGCUGCUGCUGCCGCCGCCGCCGCCGUUGCCCAAGACAAUACAGUUACCUCCUCUCUCUCUCCAAAUGCGAUCAAGAGCGCAGUGAGAAACAGAGAACACACGCGCAAAAGAGCUCAAAACAAGCAGAAAAUGGCUGGCGAAGAUGAGCUGAAGCUGCUGGGCAUGUGGGCGAGCCCGUUCGUCCUCCGUGCGAGACUUGCGCUCAGCUUCAAGGGCCUCAAGUACGAGUACGUCGAGGAGGAGAUCUUUGGAAACAAGGGCGAGCUUCUUGUCAAGUCCAAUCCGGUGCACAAGAAGGUACCCGUCCUCAUCCACAACGGCAAGCCCAUCUGCGAGUCACAGGUCAUCGUGCAGUACAUCGAUGAGAUCUACGGCGGCGCCGCUCCUUCUCUCCUCCCCGUCGACCCCUACGACCGUGCUGUGGCUCGCUUUUGGGCAGCCUACAUUGACGACAAGUUGUUCAGCUCGUUCAUGGUGAUGAUAAUGGGCAAGACGGAGGAAGAGAAGGCAGAGGGGAGGAAGCAGUUGUUUGCCGCGGCAGAGACCUUGGAGGGAGCACUCAAGGAGUGCUCUAAUGGGAGACCCUUCUUCGGCGGCGACAGCGUCGGGUACGUGGACAUCGCGCUCGGAGGCUUCGUCGCGUGGUUGCAGACGAGGGACAUCUUGUCUGGCUUGAAGCAUUUCGACGCCGACAAGACCCCGCUCCUGGCGGCGUGGCUGGAGCGAUUCUGCGCGUUGAACGAAACCCAGGCAGUCAUGCCGGACGUGAUGAAGCUGGUCGAGCUCUCCAAGAAGAGGCAGGCCCAGGCUGCUGCUGCAGCUGCCGCCGCGGUCCAAGGUAAUUGAAUUGAAGUGGCUGCCGCGCCCAUUUGUGGAAUUAAUUAGCUUGGACUCACCUAUAAUGUUGUUGCAUCGACUCUCAGAAUGAAAGAACAGCUAUAUGUUUUGUAA